UCUCCGUGAGACCAAUUGGACAGCCUCCACAGGCGGGACCACAUGCUUUGCAUCAGAUGUCGUAUGUUGUUUUUCUGCCGUUCAGUUCGUGCACAUGCGUCUGACAACUAACAUAACAAAAACACAUUGUAUUCACUAAAGUUACAACGUUCGACGGUUCAGCCAUGUGUGGGUCUGUGUAGCCGUAUAUGUGUGGGUGGCCGACAUUUACGGACACGGCUACACCUUUUGGGGUAGGGAGUACUCUACGAAGCGUCCAUCCGGUGCAGGGAGCCUUCCUACUCGCCGGAGGAGGCACGAACGCGCUUCGACGCAAGAGGAGGCUGUGGACGCGCGCGAGAAUGAGCGAGAGGGAGCGAGAGAGGUGAAUAACAAUUGAGAUAUAAACGCCAGAUGGAAUGCGUUCAUUUAUUUAUUUAUUUAUUUUGGCGUCGUGAGCUAUAUUUAUAUAUAUAUAAAUAUAUAUUUGUGUACAGGUCCAGUGUACAAUAUUUUUUGGGGGGAAUCGCAUGAGUGUAAUGGCAACGACGUGUAUCGCUUUCCCCCUCCUCGAUGAUAUUGUCCGUGUCGAUUUCCCGUCUACCAAGGAGACCUCGGCAGGCAUCGGCGCUUCUCUAUGGAUUCAAUCAUAGACUCCUUCAAAGAGGCACAGUGGCUCCCCCUUCUGGCACCCGGGAUCACCAGCUCUAGAAGAGAAGACCUACACCUCACGCAUCUGACGGACUGGACAUGAAUCCAUUACGACUAUAACUCAACGAAACACAUGGCUGAUACCUGCAGGUAAGAGUCAGCUGGAAGCAUCGAGUUGUAACGUCCCUGGAAUUGUGUCCCAUGGAGGUCAAAGGGCAACUGAUCUCAUCCAUGGGGUUGGGAGCUCCAGAGCUUCAAGGCGGCCCGGAGAGCAAGCUGCAGGCGGAGCGCAUCGCCUCGCUGCAGGAGAGGAAGCAGCUCCUGGAGGCCCUGCUCAACAGUCGCGUCGGAGAGCUUAGACACGUCUGUCUGCAGGAGGCGGAGUUGACGGGGAAGCUGUCCCGUGGGUUCCCUCUGGAGGAGGGCGAGAGACCCCCGCUGGUUCAGCGGAGGGUGGGCUCCAAGUCUGAGGAUGAGUCAGGCCUACGAAAGCAGAGACACUUCACCGGCCCUCUGUACAGGAGCACAGAGUCUGACCGAAAUGUCCUGAACAACAAGAGGACCACGCAUCGGGGCUGUCACACAGAAGAUGCUGUUAUCUCAGAAAGUACGAGCUCCAUGUCCGACUCGACAUCCCAUGACAAUGAGUCCUCCCCCAGCGUGGCGGUGGACCAGCGCUCGCUGUCCCAGCCCCGGCUCUCCGUCGGCAGCCCGGACCAGAGGAUCAGCCGCAAACUGUCCCCCGUGGAGAUCUACUACGAGAUGAGAACACGGCGCAGCUCGGUCACCAGCUCCGGCAGGUCCGACCCAGCAGGGGGCAGCGCUCUGAAGUGGUCCGGCAGUCUGGACGUGCCACACAUGAUCCCGCUGGCUCCGGAGGGCUCCUCCGCCGACCACCGCAGCUGCCCGUACAGCUCCCGCGCCCGGCGCAGCAACAGCUCGGAGGCGCUGCUGGACCGCUCCAGCCUCUCGGAGGACCCCCCCCCCCCCAGGAACGGGAUGCCCCCGAACCGGGGCGGGCCGUACAAGAGCUCGGAGGCCCUGACGGACGGCAAGCUGCGGCACGUCCACCUGGGCAGCCCCGAGAGGCACGCCGAGGGCUCCCCCGCGGACCAGGCCAAGCUGCGGCUCUCCGUGGGGGGGCGGGCUGGCAGCGGAGGGGGUGCGGGCUACAACGAGAUGCUCAUGGACUACAUCUGGGGGAAGCAGCAGCGGGUGCAGGCGCCGCCCCACCUGUACCAGUCCACGGGCCGGAUCUGGCAGGACAUGUCAUCCACGCGCUCGUCCACCGCCAACGCACCGCCUCUCCCUCCCCCUCCUCCUCCCCACGCCAACGGCUUCUCCCACUCCCAGGUGCACCUCCCCAGCGCCGCGGCCCCCUACAGCCCCAUGGUGAUGCGCGGCUCCCAGGCGGAGAACCGCAGGGUGAAGGUCACCAGAACCAAGUCUUGCGGGCCCUUCAUUCCCCUGCAGCAGCAGGACAGCGUGCUGCUGUCGGCCUACGAGGCCCCCCAUCCGGUAUCGGGGGCCUCCACCUCUUCCAACCCCAACCUGUACCCCUACCAGACUGAGCUGCCGGGGCCCGCGCUGAGCCGGAGGGCCCCGCAGUUCUCCCUGCCGACCCCGGAGGACUCGACGCGGAGCCUGCACAAGGCGCUGGCCCUGGAGGGUCUGAGGGACUGGUACCUGAGGAACGCCCUCGGCUACCCCGCCGCCGCCGCCGUCCCCAAGGGCCACGAAGCGGGGGUCUCCCGCCUCUCGCACCCCCACCCGCUGGCGCACCAAGGCCAAGCGGUCCAAGGCGAGCCCCUGUCACACCAGAGGUCCCAGAUGACCCAGUCGGCCAGUUUCCAUGGUCACCCGCUUCACGGACGGACGGUGGAGUUCUCCCUCUAUCAGGAGCCUCCCCAGCCACAGAUGCAGGAGGUGGCCCCGAAGGAGCCCAACGCAGACCCCGGCACCCUCGUCUGAGGCAGCAGUGUACAUACUGUUAACAUACAGACACGUGUACGCGCGCACACACACACACACACACACACACACACACACACACACACACACACACACACACACACACACACACACACACACACACACACACAGGCACACACACAGGCACACACACACACACACACAGGCACACACACAGGCACACACACACACACACACACACAUACACGUUUACAAACACACAGGCACACACACACACACACACACACACGCGUACACUAACCUAACUGAAAUGUGACCUCAAAAGCUAAGCAAACCUCAUUUGCUCGAACCUCGGCAGAAAGACACUCCAAUUGAACAACAAAAUGUAGCUGCAAACGUCUUAACAAACCUGAACCACGAUCUCUGCAGAGCUUUGUGAUGCUGCAGUGGGGGCUGCACUGAAACCCCCUUCCAAGUGACGGUUUCUGGAUAACGACAUGGUUACGCUGUACGUUACUUACUGUUGUGUGUCAAUACUCGCUACCCCAGUCCCACUCAAGCAUUGAGGCGCCCCUCCUGUUAACCCUAAACAGAUAUACCAUGGUAUACUUUUUUACAGAAUAUAUAAAUCUCUAAAUUACUAUUUUCUAUCUUAUGAGAUAUACAGAGUUAUAUUGAAGAAGUAAUUUAUUGCUCAUUAGUCUUGUGAUAGGAUGAACCCUUUGAACAGUAUUUGGACAUGCUGGUGAAUGUGUGUUUGUACUGUAAAUGAAACUACAUGAUGAGAGCAAACACACACAUUUCCUUUCUCAUCUGCCAUUCGCACACAUUUUGUUUUCCAUGUUUGAUAAAGGAACGGGGCCAUGCCCUGUUACAAAGUGAAAUGGGACGGGAAGGCCUAAUUGCUUUUAAUAAACAAAACACAAACAAAACCUAAAAAAACGUAAAAGUGCUUUCUAAUAAUCUGUAAUGCCCGCAUUAAGCCUUUUUAAGCUUACUCUUCAAUCAAAAUCAAAAGCAGGUCAGGAUGUCACGCAAUUAGGAUAUUUACAAUGAUGUCAUUUGUUAUCCAUGUUGUCCCUGUGUUGGAAUUCAAUUCUCUGUUUAUAUAUGUAGCUGUUGGAAUCCAAUUCACAGUUCAUAUAUGUAGCUUCUACUCUGCUGAGAGGAAAGUCUCAUUAGAAUGAGUGAUUAUAACGGUAGCUUAUUAUUCUAUGCCAGUAGUUCACUUGGUUUUAAUGAAAAAAUAGAGGUUCUACAUUUAGCAAUGUAGAAUUAGAAGUGUCAUACGGAGCACUUUAUGAACGUUGUAAGCCUUAAUACCCUGGGGAAAUCGCUUCCAACGGAUACGCCAGAAAGUACAGGGUUUUAGUAUCUAAAAGGAGAGAAAUAGCUUGAUGUUGAGCGUUCAGUUGACCAUGAAUGGACCACUGAUGUGUGCUGAUUAACAGCCUGUAAAUAGAUUGUAUUGAAUUGUCUGAAACUCCUAUUCCUAUACUAACACUACAUACAUUUUAACUAACAGUAUAUACACCACCCCCCCCCCCCCCCCCUACCGAUUCACACUCCAUUAAGUGUGGGGACAAUGGGGACAGGUUAGUAAGAACUGUGUAAGUACUGAAUGAUGGCAUGAGCAGGUCUCCUGCCAAACUCCAAAACAUUUUACGUAUGAAUGUUACAGAUUCUGUUAUUGUGAUGCAUACACACAUAUAAUUCAAGUUACUGAGCUAGGUUGUUUAAUGUCUCAGUUAGAUUUGUUGUUGCAGUGGACAUCUGAUUACUGAUACCAUGCGGAAAUAUUAACACGUCAUAAGGUAUCUGCCAAAAAGCCAUUCACCUCUGUACUUCUGUCUGAUUCCCCUCUCGUUGCUAUUUCUUCUCUCUCUGGGCAUCUUGAUCUCAUCUGAAUGUAUUUGUUUUAGAUGUGUUCAAAGUAUCAAAUGCAAACAAUGUUCAUUAUGUUUUUGAACUGGAAGUAAUGACUGUAGCACCCAGUUGAUUGUGGUGCAGACGCCAUGUGCCAUUCUGUAGCCGAGCGUGAAUGACUCCUGAUAUCAAUGACCAAACUGCUGUGCACUGGGGAUCCGACCACAUGUAUUUUUCAUAUAAUGUACUCUGUAAGUUGAGAAUAAAUGACAUGCAUUUAGCUAUGAAGCAAAAAAUUAUCCAAACUAUAUUGUCUAUUUAUGAACCUGUAACAUUUUGUAGUUAUCUAGCUCUUUCACUUUCAUGUUGAGAUGAUUAACAAACGAAUAUUAAAAGCUUUUUUGUUUAGUUGUAUAAAUUGUAUUAUUUGUAUUUUGAUUUUGAGAUAAUUAUUCCAAGUUGUUUCUUUAUUUCUGCCUUCUUCUUCAUUCAUAAGUAGGCCUAGCUAAAGGGUGGGCCUGUAUAUGUGAUUGUGCAUUGGUUCUACUAAAUAAAGUGUCAUGUUAUAAACACAAAUUAACAUAAA